CAAAGUCUCUCUCUCUCUCACACACACACACAGUCACACACACGCAUGCUGGCGUCACACGUGUGCACGCAGUCAGGUGCUAGCCUCAUGUCAGAGACUGUUUCUCGAAGACGCCGCGUGACAAACGCCGACGAGCUGCACACCGACGACCUCUCACCUCACAGGAGACAAGAGGGAGGCCGCACCGUGCGCUGUAGGAGAGCCUCCUCCUCUCACCUGAGGUCGGUUACACGGUUACAACACCUCCACCUGUUACCCACACGCUGACUGAAAGACAUCUGUGUAGUCGCCAGAGGACACCAGUAUUCCGAGCUCAGCAGCAUGAGUGGCAUCCAGGCUGUGCCGCCCAAGGGAGGCUACAGCGCCAGUCCGCGCUACGGACGGCGAGUGAACACCUCUCACGACCAGACCUUCUACAGCACCACCUCCGCCUGGAGCAGCAGCUACGACACUGAAAACACCAGAGACGACAACUACACUGAGAGGGAUGACACCUUCACGGAGCGGGAUGCCACGCGCUCUCAGAGGGAAGUCUCGUUUUCGCAGAAAGACAUCAGCGCCUCCAACGUGGGAUACGUAGGCGAGCGGUCUGCCGACAGGUACCACCUCGACUACGAGAAGAACGAGUGGAGCUGUGACGGGACUGGGGGCUGGCAGAAGCUGUCGGUGCUUCUGCUGGGACUGGGCUUCCUCUGCCACCUCAUUGCCGUCACGACUCCUUACUGGACAGCUGGCUACAUGAGCCAACAGAUGGUGCUGUACGAGGGCAUCUGGGUGAGCUGCUACAGAGAGACUACGGUCGGCAGGUGGAUCUGUACAACAUAUAACGGAAUCAGGAAAGUUAAUGGUCUGCCCUCCUGGUACCAGGCGGCUCAGAUCCUAGCGGUGCUGGGUUUUCUCAUCCUGCUGCCAGUUUUGGUCGUCAUGACGCCCUACACCUGCAUCCCCAACCUCAGGCGCCGUUCGCAGGCCUCCUGGGCCUUUAUCGUCUUGUUGUCGUCGUCAGUGAUCUGCUCCUUCCUGAGCAUCGUGGUCUACGGAGGGGUUACCCCGACAAGCAGGACUUCCCACCAGGCGAGGUCUACUACCACUUCUCCUUCGCCCUGCAAAUCAUCGGUUUUCUUCUCUGCCUCGCUUCACUCUCACCCACGUGCGCGACUCGUACCGGGCUCAAGGUAUGGGGCAACCUGUCCUGCCAAAGCGCGCGCAGCACCGAGGUUUCCAAACGGGCCCCGAGUGUAGGGUCCUUCGCCUCCAGCAACAAGCCAUUUCCCAGAGAACAUUCCAGAAGCCCUGCCCAACCACGAUCCUCCAAGCUGCUGUCUGGAUUUGCGCUGCUCAAGCUCCCGUUGGCGCUGUCUAAGUUCAACAGAGGCAAGUCUCAGCAAAGCGCGGCACCAACAGAAAAGGCCACUGUGCCGAUAGUCACCGCCACCAACGAGGAGUACAACCCGUUUCCCGCGCGGUGCAAGGGAGACCACCGACAGCAAGCCGCCGCUGGAGACGCUUCGCGUCCCCAGGAGUGAUUCCCCUUAUCGAGCUGCCGCUGACCGCAGUGUGGACAAAUCGUUCACAGCAAACUCUGUCAGCAGUGCUCACAGCUCCGUAGUGUGAGCGUUGGAGGAAUUAAUUUUCACGUGACCUAUCUGAAGGUGUGUAGAUGUUUAGAGCAUCGCAUGUUUAUUGUUAUUCCAUUGUGUAACCAGUCUAACCACUGACACGGAGGAGGACCUAGUGUCACCUUACUUGCCCGCCUUGAUGCAAGUGGUUUCACUACUGCAAGUUUUUCGUUUCGCCGAGAGUAUGAACGAUGUACCGUGCCAGACACAUCCAAUGAACCUUGCAUGGUCUUCUGCUCUGCUAAGUGCCGAACAUUGCAGCGUGAGAAUAAGGCUGUGCCAGUGAAAGGCACGAGUUCUCAGAUGUACCAGGUAUUCACUGCGAUGAGUUACACAAGCAAAACUGCAUUAAACAUUCAAGGAAAAAAAUAUAUAAUACUUGGACAGAUAAGUGCUACUGUACAUACGAAAACGGAACUCCCUAUCCAGUUUGAAGUAGCAAUUAUAUUGAAACAGCUAAACCGCUUAAUUGUCUAUAUCUUCUAAGUUUUUAAUACAAUAUCAUAUCUUUAAAAGUGCUUUUAAAUUGUUAAUAGUGUAUAUAGACUUUAUACAGUUUAUCUAAUGUGAGGUGUAUAUUUGCACACCAUAUAUUUGUCAAAAGAAUCUAACGAUUUGAAUUUAUUAUCAAUUCAUCAUGAUAAUCAAUUAUUUUCUGUACAUAAAUGUGUUUUAAAAGGAAACUUUCUGGCGUAUUAUUAGUACCAGCCAUUACCAACCAUGUUAGAUUAUUAAAAUUACUAAAUUUUCUUCAGCGAAAGACUGCAGCAACUACAAAAAUCAUUAAAAAUAAGAUAUUUUGAGCAAACAUAUAAUUCUGAUCUGCAUCAUAUUAAACAAAACAAAGCAUUUUAAAAGUUUUCAUGCUAAUAGCAUAAACGUAGACCUUUCAAAACAGAUACGAGUUGGAUAGCACCACCAGGGACAGACCCACCACUUCCCCCGUCAUCCCAUAAGCCACCAUCAUGACGGACUUUAAAAUUACACUUAGUGACACAUCGAAUGUCCUGACAUUUGCCCAUUAACCACAAUAGUUGCUGUAUUUUACAUGCUCUUUGAUCAUGACCUGCACUACACCGUCAAGUAACCAGUGAAAUAUCACGACCCCUCUACGGUGCUUGCUGACAUUUUAUAAUUACAAUGGCAAGACUCACAAUCAGUGCUGAGAGCUGUGAGUUGUUUCAUGAAUAGGAUAUUUUUCUCCACACGCUUUUUAACGUUUCGAUCAUUUAGUGAUUAAUCUCUACUUGUACAAAUUUCUUUUUUUUUUGUGUAAAUCUCAGUGCGAAAUACUAUUUCUUAAAAAGGGGCAAAUUGUUUUCCAUUCUCGAGAUAUACAAUUACAAGCACUACCAUACAUGAAAAGUAGCAUCACUGCUGGACCUUGAAGAUGUCAAAGUAACCUUGAACAUACUAAACUUUGUUACUUGUAGCCUCAAAAGUAGUCUCUUUUAAUUUGGGGCAGAUGAGGGAAGUAGGGCCACAAAGUGUGUUGGUUGAAGACAGCUCUCAGACUUGGCCUGUGUUCAGCCUAAACGUUAUUAUACACAUCUGAUGUAAGCUGUUUUGAGCCCAGGUUGCUGCUUCGUUGGUUUUUAUUUUAAACGUUGGGUCACCGAAUAGAAAAUUACAAGAUGGCGUUAUGCAGAGGUUUUGCAACAGUCAAGCCUGUCACCGUUGAAGAAAUGCUGAGGUCAUAGAUACUUUGAUGGAUGCUAUAAUUAUCCGCACACAUGCUUUCGGAUGACCUCGGGUAAAACUGUUCAUUUUAAUUUUACCAUUACAAAGUGUUUAACAAAAUGAGUAACACAAGGCCAAAGCAAUGUAACAAACUACACUAAUUGCAUGCUGGAUAUUUCAAACACGAAGUUGCAUCUACGUUUUACUAACCUUACAUGGAACUGCUUAAUCUGCUUGCACUAUUUAUUUAAAAAAAUUAAUACAAACUGCUCAAUCCAUGCAAAUAAAAGCCAAUUCCAAAUGGU